UCUCCGCUGCCAGAGGGCCAGUCUGCAAUCCUGCCUUCCACGUGUGACCGCCGCCGCCUCAGCCACUUCCCCAGACAUUCUCACAGCCGCGCACCCGGCACGGAGGGGCCAGGACGCAUCGGGUUUGCCCUCGGGUCGGCUCAAGCUGUGCUCCCGGCCCAACAGAACAAUGAAGGACUGCAAUAAUGGAUGCUCCGCGGAAUGCAGCGGAGAAACAGGAUCAAAAGAGGUGGUGGGGACUUUUAAGGCUAAAGAUCUAAUAAUCACACCAGCUACUGUUUUAAAGGAAAAACCAGACCCAAAUACUCUGGUUUUUGGAACUGUUUUCACGGAUCACAUGUUGACAGUGGAGUGGUCCUCAGAGUUUGGAUGGGAGAAACCACAUAUCAAGCCUCUUCAAAACCUAUCCAUGCAUCCUGGCACCUCGGCUUUCCACUAUGCAGUGGAAUUAUUUGAAGGAUUCAAGGCAUUUCGAGGAGUCGAUAAUAAAAUUCGACUGUUUCGGCCAAAGCUUAACAUGGAUAGAAUGUACCGGUCUGCUGUGAGGACAACUUUGCCGGUAUUUGACAAAGAAGAACUUUUAGAGUGUAUUCAACAGCUUGUGAAAUUGGAUCAAGAGUGGGUCCCCUAUUCGACAUCUGCUAGCCUAUAUAUUCGUCCUACAUUCAUCGGAACUGAGCCUUCUCUUGGAGUCAAGAAGCCUACCAAAGCCCUGAUCUUUGUCAUCUUGAGCCCAGUGGGACCUUAUUUUUCAAGCGGAACCUUUAAUCCAGUGUCCCUGUGGGCCAAUCCAAAGUAUGUGAGAGCCUGGAAAGGCGGGACUGGGGACUGCAAGGUGGGAGGGAAUUAUGGCUCGUCUCUUUUUGCCCAAUGUGAAGCAAUGGAUAACGGCUGUCAGCAGGUUCUGUGGCUCUAUGGAGAGGAUAAUCAGAUAACCGAAGUUGGAACUAUGAAUCUUUUUCUUUACUGGAUAAAUGAAGAGGGAGAAGAAGAACUGGCAACUCCUCCGCUAGAUGGCAUCAUUCUUCCAGGAGUGACAAGGCAGAGCAUUCUGGACCUGGCACAGAAGUGGGGUGAAUUUAAGGUGUCGGAGAGGUAUCUCACCAUGGAUGACUUGACAACAGCCCUGGAAGAGAACCGAGUGAGGGAGAUGUUCGGCUCCGGGACGGCCUGCGUUGUUUGCCCGGUUUCUGAUAUACUGUACAAGGGCGAGACUAUACACAUUCCAACUAUGGAGAAUGGUCCUAAGGUUGCAAGCCGGAUCUUGGACAAAUUGACUGAUAUUCAGUAUGGAAGAGAAGAGAGCAACUGGACAAUCAUAGUAUCCUGAAUGGAACAUACAGGAUAUCAUCCGUGUGCUAUUGGGACAGACUGUCGCAUUUGAAUUAUGAUAGAUUUCUUUGGCUACCUGUCUUUAGUUGUGCGUAAUGUAGUUUGUAUAAUCAGUGUUACCAGGGUGAUUGUUUCCUCAUGCCAGAGAACAUGAAUUGCAAUCAUCAAACGGUGUUUUGUAAACUUCAGAGUAGAAGCUUACCUUACCUUCUCUUAGAAAGACGAUAAUGUAAGCCUUGUAGCAUAGAAUUUUCCUCAGUAAUCCCAGUGCCUCCCUUAGUACUUCACUCCGAUACAAAAAUCUUUGUUUAUUCUUUAGUAUCAGUUAUGAUCUGCUCCUCAACCAAAUGAGUUUUUUGUGUUUGAAAGCUGCUUUGAGUCAAUUUCAUAGGUAACAUUUCCUGUCACAAGUCUCCAUCCUCAGGAAGUGUUUUGUGUUUUUUUUAAAUCAAGACUUGGAAGAACUGGAUUUCCUCCCAUCACAUUUUUUUCCAGACCCCCUAAGUCCGUCAUAAGGUAAAUCUCUCCCUUCUUCUUGAUGUCACAGUCUGAUCCAAGCUCACUUUGUGCAUCAGCAAGACCCGUGCACAUGUCCACCAUUGCCCUUUCCACAUUGUAUUCCUGUUGGCUGUUUGUCAGGCUCCACUACAAGACCGAGGGUCUUGUGCCUUAGAGAUCUUUCUAUCCCCCUGCCUGGCACAUAAUAGAUACUCACUAAAUAACGAAUGAGUGAACAUUUAUCUUCUAUAGAAGCGUACCUUCUUUGUUUCUAUAUUAUGAAACCUCUUUAUUAGAAUUUGUGAUUGGUUCUGACAUUGCUUAUAUUUACCUCAUACUGUCUUUAUUUUCCAUGGACUGCUAAGUCAUUAGAGAUACUUAGAGGCAUAAUUUUUUGGAGGAAUUAUUUCAUAUUUGAAGACUGUCUUGGAAUUGAAGUAAUAGCUCUAGAGAGGUCAUGAUAUCAUACCCACCAAAUGGAAAUAAUGUAUGUUAAGUGUUAAAUACAUUUAUGUGAAGUGUUAGGUACAAAACAGAUCAUUAUGUUUCAUUUUUUGGUAGAAAGCAAAGAGAUAUACUCUGGUUUUUAGACUCUGGUUUUGUGUGUGCUCAUUUCUGUUGAAUGGGGGUUGGAUGAGCACAUGGUUAGGGUACAGGGAGAGCAAUUACAGACAAUAUUUUCCUCGUUUAGGAACUGUGAGUUAAAAUUGUAUCCUGGGUUAUCUAGGGGAAAGUCAAAUCUUGAUAGAAAACAUUUACCCUUGGAAGGUCAGCUCUCAGACAUUAUAUUUUGGUUUCCUUCAGUCCUGAUAACUUUCAUCUUGCUGGUCAUAUUUCAUUCUCUUUUCAGAGCAAGGAAAAAAACAUUCGAAAAGUUUGAUGUGUUGGAGAAAUUUCCUUCAGGCAUGUAGCAGCACAUAGUAAAUGGGGCUUUGAUUCGUUUCCAAGACUUUUGGCCAUUGGGUCUUUUUAGAUAGGAAUGGUAAAGUGAAAUUAGGGAAGUAUAAGAUGAAAAGGAAUGGUAAAAAUAUCUUUUAGGGGGCUUUUAAUUGGUGAUCUGAAGUCUUGGGAGAGUCCCUUGUUCUUUUCAGGCCUCAGGUGAUGUAACAUGUCUUCCUCACAUGUUCACCAAGUAGCAUUUGAAGGGGUUGCCUUGGCUAAAUCUUGUGACCUCCUUUCUAAUAUAGAAGUCUAGAAAAGACUUCUAGGUAAUUCUAACCUGUCAAAUAGCACAUAAUAACUGGACUCAUUCCUAUGAGAAAUGGAAAUCAUUUGUUUGCCAUAAAUACAUUUUAUACUUUGCAUCUCUAAAUUGAGUACGGCAAGACAUGUCCGUUGUAAAAGUUAGAGAACACUAUGUCUUAACAUUAUGUCUGUAUCAUUUCUCUCAUCAAACCAUAAGAGCAUUUUAAGCCCUUCUUGUUAGACACAGUGAAGACUAAGGAUAGCCAUUUUAAAAAACUGAAGAUGUCCUAAAGCAGAGAACACAAUCUGCCAUUCUCGUGUAAGUAAUAAGACAGGAAAUUGACCUUGACACUGACUUGUUAAAUAGAUUUAAAAGGAACAUCUGCACAUCUUUUUUCCUUGUGCACUAUUUGUUUAAUUGCAGUGGAUUAAUACAGCAAAAGUGGCACAUUAUAACUAGGCAAUUAUCCAUUCUUCAAGACUUAGUUAUUGUAACACUAAUUGAUCAUUUAAGGCAUAAGAUAGUCUAGCAUUAGGAACAUGUGAGGCUAAUCUGCUCAAAAAGAUCAACAAAUUAAUAUUGUUGCUGAUAUUUGCAUAAUUGGCUGCAAUUAUUUAAUGUUUAAUUGGGUUGAUCAAAUGAGAUUCAGCAAUUCACAUGUGCAUGAAUAUAAACAGAACUGGUGGCACUUAAAAUGAUAAUGAUUAACUUAUUUUGCAUGCUUCUUCCUCCCACUUUUUGCAGUUAUCACAUUUCAGACCAAGUUUAUCAGCUUUUUCCAAAACACAUCAGUGGAAACUAAGAUUUUAAGACAAAGUGUUCAGACAUAGACGAAACCAGAGCAUUUCCUAAAGAUAGUUGCUGUUAGAAAUUUUCUGUGUUACAGUCAUUUAUUAAGGAUUCAACUCAUGAUACACCAAAAGAAGAGUCAACUUCAAGGAUGUCUACCAUGUUCUCUAGGACCUGCAGGUGGCAGGAGUGAAUAAACUAAUGAUACCUGUUUAAAGUUUGCUGUCAAAGUACAAAGGAAAAGGGAAAGAGAAAUAAAUGGAAAACCUUGUUAGGGAAUCAUGUUUUUUUCUACCUGGUAAACACCCUCUAUUCUUUUCUCGAAAGAUUGCCAUAAGAAAAAAAUAAGACCAGAGGUAGCAGCAAGAAGGCACACUGUAACAUCAGCUAUAUGACGGGCGAUGUCAGUGCUCCUGAAGAUAGGGAAGCCUACGUUAUACACUCGGGGUUGAAGUUCUUCAUCGUAUCGCUUUUGUUGCUUGAUAUAAUUGUACCUAAACAACUGGUCUUGCUUUCCUCAAAUCGGAGCACUCUUGGGCACUUGAAGGCAAUUAAUGAGUAUAUCUUGGUCAAACGAAUUGUAGGAGCCCUUUAUUACAGCUGCAACUACAGCUCUGAUUUAGGGAGUUUAUGCUAUAAAAUCAGCUGCCAAAUAAGCUUAUUUAUUUUCCCUAUUCCCACUCGGUGCUCAGUCACUGUACUCCUUUUCCUUAAAAAGUUUCUUGUUAAAAUUGUAUGUUCAUUUCACCCUCAUGAUCGAGGAAAAUGAUUUUUAAGCAGCAAACAACAACCUUCACUCACUUUCCUUGAAUUGAUAUUUUCUAAAAUAUUUAGAGCAAUAAACAUUCAUCAGAUGCACUAAAGCAAGGGGGUUAGAGAAACAUUGUAAGGAUCCCUUAAUAUCCUGAUUCUAAAGAUGAUCAGAGAAUUCUUCCCUGGAAUGUGAAUUUCUUAUGUGGAAAUGCAGAAACUUAAGUUAUAAAUAGUAAUGCUGGCAAGUAAUUUUAGUGGACACUUUAUAACACCUGUCACUUUGUUUUGCCACAAGUGGAAUUUGUUCAGCUAUCUGUUUUCCAGAUAUAUCCCCCGAAAAGGAGGCAAAGGGUCCCAGCUUUUCAACAAGCAUUACCUAUUGAUAGGUAUCAUGGAGAUUAUAGUCAAUUUGAUAAAUGUUGAUUGAGUGCCCACAGAUGUGCAUGUAACACGACUAGCAGUAGGGAGUAAGAAGUUAGUUUUAGAAAAUCAAUAGUAUAUAGACAUUACCCUCAUGGAGUUUAUACUCUGCUACUUAAACAAAUUUUUAGAUGAAAAGCAGUAUUUAAUACAGUUAGAUCAUAAGGAGUUGAAGACCAGAGCACAUCUCUUACUAAGAAAUCACAAUGAGCAUUUUCAUCUCAUUUUUUAGAGAAAUUUGUCAUUUUUUUAAUUCUUUCUUUCCUCUAGUGUGAAACUACUUGGCCAGGCUAGUAUUUAGAGGUUGUUCAGUCACUGCCUACAUGGCGUGACUCACCUCCUGGUUUGCUGCUUACUACCAACCUAGUACGUUUGUUAACUGCGUUCUUUUGGAGCAAUGUUAAGUUGUCGUGGUCCAUCUAACAACAGAACACCUCAAAUUAUGGCAUCCUUGCUGAUCUUCUUAAACUCAACGUCAGAUACUAUUGAAAUAAACAAAGAAAAUGUUCCUAGAGUGAAUUUUUCUGGAAAAUGUCUAUUAUGAAUCAAACUGUUUUGAGUGUUUGCUUGAAAAUGAUGGAUCUAGCUACUCAGAAAAUAGCAGGUGGGAGACUAACUUGAAUAUAACAGUAAUUUUUCACAGUUUGAGGUUUUAAAAGCAAGGCCGUUUAAAGUAUUUCAAAGAGAUUCACUUUUAUCCUUGCCAAAAAGCCCUAUAUGAAAGUAGAAGAAAGUGAUUGAUUUUUCAUCUUUAGCAUACAUACCGUAAUAAAAGACUUCUCAGAUAUUAAUUUGGGGAGGUUGAUAAAGAAACAUAUCAACAGGAUAUAGUAGUGUUUUUGGGAAAAUAAUUCCCUGGGAUCAGAUAUAUGUAAACAUAUUUCCUUUAAUGAAUGAUAAAGGCAUGAAAUUCAGUCUUAGAAAGAAAGUGAAGUGGUCUUUAAAAUCUGCAGGAUGCAAUUAUUGAUGUUUUAAGUAAUCUUGUUCUGUGUGAAAGUAUAUUUUUCAUACCACAAUAGGCCCAGUUAAUAAGGCCUAAAACUUAAGUUGCAUAGUGUUCAAUUUAUGGAAUCCACUGUUGGGAUGGUAAGAAUUGACCAUGAGCUGCAGUACGGAGAUGAGCGAAAGUGUAGUUUCAUUGACAGAUUUCUCUGUGCAUCCACUCUCACAAUGGCUAGGUUCCUUGUUACGUAUUAUUGAAUUAUGGAGAAAAUUUUAAUUAGAGAUGUCAGAGGAAGAACAACCGAAAGUAGAGAAAGAAAGGAAUGAUAGAGGGGGAAACAUCAAACUUGCUUCUUUGUUGUCCAAAGGAGCUUUUUCCUCACUCUGCCAGCCAUGGGGAUCUUCAGCUUUCAACAUAGUGCCAAAUACAAAUCAUGCCAAUUAGGAAGUGACUAAGUAUAGUGGCCAAUUCCUCAGAUACUAGCAUUAGGCCAUGAUCUUAAGGUAAUAAUCUGAGGACUGUGUUAACAUGGAAACCACUUUAGAUUGCUACCAAUUGGGAUAAGACUUUAUAAUUGCAUAGUCUGUACUAUCUAUUGUGUCAUUUCUUCAGCCAUUUUAAGAUCUGUGAGGCUGAAUAAAAGAAUAAGUGACAGGGAGUAGAUUAUGAUUUUUUUUUCCUUUAGAAAUACUAUUUAUCACCAUCACUCUUUCCUUGGUGAAGGCUAACUGAUUUGGAAAUUAGUUGAAUAUUAUCAUUUAGUUUUGAAGUGAAUAUUAUCAUUUAUGGUCAUUAAAGUCAUUCUCAGGGUUAAGAAAGGAAUGCAAAUAUCUGCCUCAGUAUCUUCUUCACUGAUAAGUUUUUGAAGAGUGAAGGAAUUCUAUCAAGAGUAUGGCUGGAAAUAGAUUUUUGGAUCAAGUCUGAAAAGUAAGCUAGCUCAUCUGUAAAUUCUGGAUGUUUCUCUGAUGACGUAUGAGAAUGAAUGAUCUUGCAAUGCACCCAGUUAGCUAAUACAGGGAGCCCAACCCACUGUUCUGAAGAAUUUGUGCUUACUUGAUUUGGUGGCUGAGAGAAAAUGAGUAGUUUGAGGAAGUCGUUUUGAAAUCAGAAUUUAUUGACAGAAACAAGAGAAUAUCAGCUUACCUAUGGAAGUUUUAGUACGUGUUCUCUUGCAUCGAAAUCUGAUUGUAAUGAAAAAUGCCAGCCAUUGCUAGUCUCAAGUUUCUCUAGUUGUGUAGUGAUUCUUGAAAUUCCCUUUAAGAAAAAUCAAGUAGAAAGAAAUAAACACUUUGUAAAUGUCUUGGCUUUCAUGUGAAAUUAAAGGUAAUGUUAAAAGGAUUUAAGCUCACUAAAAAUUAUUAAUGGAAAUGUGGAAAAUAUAGUGGGUAAAGGAAACUACCUCGUUCUUCGAAGGUUUUGUAGAAGCACAAUUAAACAUUCUAAAAUGACUUUGUUAUAUAUGAACCAUCUGGUGUGAAAGAACUCUAUAUUUAUAAUGUCUAAAGGACCUGGAAUAAUUGUAUUUUGCUGGAAAUAGACACAUUCUUUAUUGUUUGCAGGUUUCUCAUCAAAUCUUUAAUUAUGCAC